AACAACAUCGAUCAGCAGGCUCCUGUAUGCGUCGACAUCACCGUUCCGUUCCGCGCCACUAACUUAUAGCAGAUGAACUUCUUGGUGACUGAAGCCAGUCAAGCACUGUCAGUUAGCGAGUCGCUGCUUACCUUCAAGCGGAGCCCCGACCUAGCGUAUAUCGAAUAUCUAGUCGCAUACGAGAUCGUCGUUAAUCGGAUCCCACGCCACAUUGACUAUAUCACGUUACAAACGGAUCGAGGUACCCUGCAUCGCAUGUAUCGGGAUCUUGUAAAGAAGAUUCAGAGCAAAGAGUCGCAGUUCUCGAAUAUCAAAGAGAUAAUCAUCAAUGACAACCGGAGGAGUGGAAUUCUACCAGAAACAAAGGCAGCGUAUGAUGCCGAGUCUCAGUCCCGGCCUUCAACGGCAGACAGCCCUGAUUCAUACCAAGGACAACAUCACAGAAACUCGAUAUCGGGCAACGGCGGGAACAUGGAAUCGUCGCAUUACCCAUCGGAUGCUUCAAAAUACUUGGCCUACCGACCAGGAACACCGAACGGUACUUCAGGUCGCUCGACCCCUGCUGACUCAUCCAACUCUCCAAGAUCGAAGCCGCCUGUGAGACCGAAACCCGAGAAUCUACACGGGCGCGUGGUAAACGGGUCAGCCUAUCCUCCUGCCGGGUCACGGCUCAGUGAUCCACUACGUGAAAGGUUCGCCGGGUUAAGAUCCGGAGCAAACGGCGAUCGUCCGUCCCAGGAAGGGGCAUCAUCAUACCCUGAGCCCCCGCUGCGCAUGCCGUCACCAUCUGAUUUUGGCACGUCCACGACUACUCGCGCAUCGCAAUCAGGAGCAGGCGCGCAGCCUAGACCUGCGGGUCCGAGAUCGAUUCCGAAAUCAACUCACCGCCCUCCCCAUCCGCCGAAACUUCCAUUGGACACGAACUUCAACCCAUCGCUUCCAAAAGAACCAAGUCCGACGUAUAGCCCAGCUCGCAAUAUGGCGACUCCCGCUAGCAUUCCACCUCCUCGUGCGACACCUCGAAGCAUAGUUGGCUCAGGUGGACAUUACACCCAGACAUCAGGAUCCAACUCUCAGUGGUCUGGUACGUCUCAGGAACAAUCGUAUUUUGACGGUCGGCGCGAUGUUUCCUCUCAACAGUCAAGAAGAGCUAGCACCUCGGCGACAUUCGGGGCCCACAUAAGCCCCAAGAAGCUUUAUGACUUGAUCAAAAUAUCGACCGUGCUAUUAAUUGAUGUGCGGCACCGAGACGAAUUCGAUGAAGGGCAUAUAUACGCUCCCAAUGUCAUGUGCAUCGAGCCGAGUCAGUUGCGGGAAGACAUGUCUGCGGAUGAAUUAGAGGACUCGCUUGUACUGUCACCCGAUGGGGAACAGCAAUCCUUCUCUCGUCGUCAGGAGUACAGUUACGUGGUCUUCUACGAUAAGAACACCGCCUCCGUGAACUUCACAACCCUCACUCCGCGGAAUGGAUCAGAAGGGGCCAUGAAAAUCCUUUACGAUGCGCUGUUACAGUACAACUCCAAACCUUUGAGGCUCAAGCCGAUUCUCCUCCAAGGCGGACUCGACGCAUGGAUCGAGCUUCUGGGCACUCAGUCCUUGUUGUCUAGCCACACGACCGCGACCAAAGCAAUGAAGGCGUCGCGGCCAGCACGUAAAGCGCCAAUUCUCCCGGGUAGUGGCCCGAUAUACGACAAGGCACAUCGAGAAGUGCCGGAGAUGGAGCCCGAAGAAGUGCAGCAUUGGUCAGAGCGGGCACAGCAAGAGAGUUUGCCCAUGGACUCCCAGACCUUCGUUCCUGAAAGUGAGGAAUACCCGAUGGUGCGCACGACAGCGGAUUUCCUCCGCCGCUUCCCUGACGUAACCACUUUGGAAAAGCAGUCGAUGGUCUCGCCUCCUUCUCGACCGCCCCCUACAAGCUCUCUCCCUACGGUGCCAACAAGGCCGGCACCGGCCGCUCCUAGAGUUAGCUACAACGGUGUACAUGAACGAGACUCGACACGUUAUCCCACCAUCCGAGGUCCCCCGCAAGUUUCCUACAACUACACUUACGAUAUGCGGGAUAUUCGGAUACCGAAAGCCGGAUUGGUUAAUUGUGGUAACAGCUGUUUCAUGAAUUCCGUGGUCCAAGCCUUGAGCGGCACCUUGCGAUUAUCAUCUUUUCUCCGAGACGGCUCGUACCGCAAAUAUAUCCAGACCGAGAAUUGGAAAGGUUCCCGGGGUCUCGUCUCGCAGCACUUUUCCAACCUCCUCUUACACCUUUGGCAGAACGAUGUCACCGCUGUUCGACCAUCCACAUUCCGGAAUCUCAUGGGGAGAAUUUCGACCAAAUGGUCGGAUGGUCAACAACAGGACGCGAAGGAAUUUUGGGACGUAUUGAUCGACCUCAUGCAUGAAGACCUGAACGCCACUUGGAACAAUGCACCUCCACACCAGCUCACUCCAGCCGAGGAGGCGAAAAGAGAGCGGAUCGGCAAGGCUUUCGCCGCAAAGAUCGAAUGGAACCGGCAUAUUAAGCGCAACGAAAGCUUCAUUACCAGUCUUUUCGGCGGCCAGUUUACCUCCCGCGUUAAAUGCGGGACAUGCAGAAAUACGUCGACAAUAUAUGAGCCGUUCUUCAGCAUCUCUGUCGACAUCCCUCGGGGUGGUAAUCCGCGGCUCGGGGAGUGCAUCGACCGAUACUGCGCGGAAGAUCAGAUUGAUGGCCAGUGGAAUUGCCCGACCUGCAACCAAUAUCGCGCUGCCACUAAGCAGGUUACAUUCACUCGCGCCCCUGAGAUCCUGGUCUUUCAUUUUAAGCGCUUCGACGCCUCGUUGUCAGAUAUCAAGGUCGCCACGCCGGUCAACUUCCCUCUGACCGGGCUAGAUCUCGGGCGAUGGAUGAUCCCUCCUCCCACCGACGAUGAAAUUCAGACCAACACGCGGGACCGCGGGCCAGAUGACAGCGCGCUUCCGCCGUCGAUGACACCGCCGUAUAUCUACAAUGCAUACGCCGUCAUUCGGCACAUCGGCACCACGAUUACGGGGGGCCAUUACACCGCCUUGGUCAAGAACCCGGGCAUGAAUUGCUGGAUGCAUUAUAACGACGCGACGGUGACUGAAUUCCGGCCGGAGCAGCGGCAUCCGGGCGAUGCGUUGCAGAACGGGCAGGCAUAUUUGGUGUUUUAUGAGCGAGUUCGGGCGACAUGAGAUGAGUAGCGACGGCGUAUUCGGCGCAAAGCGGUUGGCUUUUUGGAAUGAUUUUCGGCUUAUAGCUCCGAGUCAUAUCAUGGCGGCGUCAAGCCGGAAUUGGAUUUCAUGACCAGCAUUGAUAUCUUUCGACGAUCUAAGUGUUGUAGGUGGAGUCCAGCCUCAACCCAGGUCCUAAUUGCGGUGGAUGAGAAUCUUGACGGCAACUUAUCGGACCUCCACCUUCAGUGUGAAUAAAGUAGUCCAGUCUUGAACAAAUUUAUCAACGAUGUACAAAUGUCACAGACGUGACAUCCGAACCGUACUCUAGGAAUAUAC